CAUAUCAUUACUCUCAUCUCUCUUCAGUGUCUUUGUCUUCCUCUCUUUUUUGUUUAUUUAUUUGGUGCAUUUGGUCUACAUUAAAGAACGGCUCUGCCAUCCUACUAAAUUUUCAGCUGAGAAUGAAUGCGAGAAUGACCUGAAAAGGGGGGUUGAAAUUCGAUUUGUGAAAUGGCCAGUGUUCCACAUUUCCUUUUUUUUUUAAAAAAAAAUCGUAACCGUCCUUCAUCUGUCAUUCUUCUUUCAUUUACAGAGUGUGUGAUUGACUUGCGAUGCUCGAAAGUAUAAAGACGAUGACCAAUCAUCUGUAUAAUCAAUGCUGCCAGUAUGCUGAGCAUGCCAGUGUUGCUGUGUUACGGAAAGGUCGGAUACCUCGCCAUUUAGGGUUUAUUCUAGAUGGCAAUCGACGAUACGCACGAAAAGCGGGAGCUUCCAGUACCAAGUUUGGUCAUUACGAAGGAUUUAAGCAACUGGAGAAAGUGCUUGAUAUUUGCAUGCGCCUUGGAGUGGAAACUGUUACCGUCUAUGCAUUUAGCAUUGAAAACUUUAAACGAUCAGCGGAUGAAGUCGAAUACCUCAUGGAAUUGUUUUGCGAAGCAUUCUCUGGUUUUUGCGAAAACAAUGCUCUGGUUGACGAGUAUGAAAUCUGUAUUCGUUUCCUUGGCAAAGUUGAUUAUUUACCAGCCCACGUCGCAGCAUUGGCACGGAAAGUGAUGGAGCACACAAAGCAUAAUAAAAAACGAGUAUUCAAUAUAUGCUGUCCUUACACAUCGAGGGAUGAAAUGGCCACAGCCAUACGAGAAAACAUUCAGCUUGUGCAACAUGGGCAAAUGGCCAAAGAAGAUCUCACCGAACAAACCAUUGCCGAUCAUUUAUUCACAGCCACUUGUCCUCCGCUGGAUAUCCUGAUUCGAACUUCCGGAGAAGUUCGACUGAGUGAUUUUCUGCUAUGGCAGGCAAGUCAAGGUUGCCAUAUUCAGUUUGUCGACUGCUACUGGCCAGAAUUCUCUCUGUGGAAACUGCUGCCUAUCCUUCUCGAAUACCAAAUAUUUCAUGAUUCCCAUGCUGCCACUACGUCGCAGCAAGACGUACAAUAACUUUUACAUUCUCGUCUGUUGAUCGCUCCAAACAGUACACACAGUCGCUUGUAAAACGCACUUACUUUACUGAUCUCCAAGUGUGCAUCUAUUUUUUUGUGUUGAUAGGUUUUGUCUUUGUCCAUAUUUA